AAGGCUUACAUAAGCAGUGCAAACACUGAUCCACUCACUUUUGGAAAGCCGAUUUCUCUUCGCGUCGAACCAAAGGAUGAAACACCAGUGGGCCCUACUCUUUCAAUCCUGUCCCCUAGCAAAGGUGGUGGACCAAAGAUGUGCCUGGCUGCAGGGUUCUUUCCUAAAGGGCGGAACAUGACUCUGACUGUGGGGGACAAGACUGUUUCUCACGCAGUUGACAACGCUGUACUGUCCACAACCAGCGGCAAAUAUUACUAUGCUAAAUAUUCCACUGAAGACAUCACAAAUUGCGAGAUGAAUGGCGAGAAGGCAAACAAACAGAGUCCUAAUGCAAAUGAGAAUCGAAAAGAAGGAAACCAGAUUUACUGUAAACCUUCAAACAAAGGGACCAACAAGACCGAAGAGAUCAGUAAUACAGAUGACUUUAAGAGAAACUCACUGUCCUUGCUGGUGACAGGUCUUCGACUUCUGUUGGCUAAAGCUGUCGCGGUAAAUGUGAUGAUGACGAUUAAAGCAUUUCUUGCAUAAAGGAAAAAGUAACUGCAAUACGUAUAACCUGCUGUCUGCUGAUAUCCCAUUAGUCUGCGGGCACAUUAGAAGAAAGCAGUACUGUUUAUAUUUUUAAAGUAUAUCAUAUAUUUCAUAUCUCUAUUGUCAGAAGAACCUCAUACCUCCCUGUUUGACGUUAUUAAGUUUUAGACAUAAUUUGAAAAUGCCUGUUACCCUUUACAUUGUGUGUACAUUUCAUGAUGAAUGGGCUUGACCCAAAAUUAGUUUGAAAAAACUCCGACUUACAUUAAAAGCAAAUUAUGUUUUUUCCUUCUCUUGUGAAGUUACUAUUUUGGAGAUAUGAGGUUUUCUUCACAACAGCGAUAUGCAAAUUCUUUGGUUUUUUUCUGCAAUUAUUUUGCGUAUCAUUGCCAUUGGAACAAAUACUGCCUCUUCAUUUUUUAACAUAAUUUAAAAAAUGCCAGCUUCUGUUUACAGUGUUUAAACAUUUUAUGAUUAUUGACAGAAUAUUUUGCUAAUAUAGCUUGGAAUUAAUCUUUUUACAUGAAUUUAGACUGAAAUUUAAGAAAGUUUUGGUCACACUUUAUUUGCAUGGUCCCCUAUAGAUGAGCUACAUAUACCUAUGUUACUAACAAAUAGGUGUAGGUUUGGCCUUGAGGAUAGGGUUAGUGUUAAGUUUAGGAUUAGAGUUAGUUUUAAUAGAAUCUGUCACACACAACUUCAAGUUCAGUUGCAUUUAAUAGAUAUUUAGUUGAGUGUUAGUUAAAGAUAGACUGAGCAUCUACAGUGGACCAUGCAAAUAAAGUGUUACCAAAGUUUGCGAGGUUGCUGUCCAACAGUGACAAUAUGUUUAGUUUGACAUGAUUUGCAACAUUUAUUUUAGUAGUUUCUCAAUAUCUUGAUAUAUCUCAAUACGUGUUUAGACUGUAGUAUUGUUAAGACUUAGUGAAAAGUACAUGCGAAUAUUGAAUAAUGGCUAGUUGAUAUAUGCUUACAAUGCUGUUCAAAAGUUUGGAAUCAUUGGUCAUGUUAUAGUCGUAUUAUGGUUCAUAGUCAUAAUUGGUGGGGGUUGGGAGGGGGCAUAUCGUUCAUUAGGGGUGCUGCCCUACCUGUUACUAUGAGCCAAAAAUAGUGAACAUGGUGAUAUUUUAAACCAUUUAUCUAGUAAAUACAUACUUUGGUAGGGGAGCAGGACCUCGCAUCAUUGUGGAUAAGGUGACAUAUGAGACUGGACCCCUCUAUGAAUAACAGCUCCCCAUCCCCACCCCCUCUCCCCAACUUAUAGCUAUGGAUAAUUGCUGUUGUUUUACACAAUAAUAUAUUGUACAGUGAUAUAUUGUACUUUGUAAUACUAGGAACUCGACACCAGAAGGUGUUUUAAAAUAUUUUAAUUAAUAUUUCAAGUUGUUUUUUAAGAACAACGAUGAGUUAUUCAAUGAUAAUAAAUAAACUGUAGUCUAUGUGCAGUAAUGGCUUGAUAUGUUAUCUGCAUAAAGCGUCCACAUCAUGGAAAACUACAUUUUGAAAUGAUACAUGCAGUAUGUAAGCAUUGUUCAAGUUUCAAGAUGUACAGUCCACUCCCCAGUCCAUCUAUGGUCUUAAAUAUGUGUUGAAAACAAACACAGUUAUAUAUCCAACCUUUUAGGCUACAUCAGGUUGGCCCCACCCACUCACGCUGAAGAUAUAAAGAGGGUUUCUGCCCAGACUGCAUUUUGAAUGAGGCAGCACAGGGCAACCAAUUGUAAUUAAGCUAAUUUACAUACAGCAUCAAAUAAUUAAAAUAACUACAAAAUAAUAAGUAAUAAAAUAAAUGACUUAAAACUUAUUAAAGGGGAAUUCCACCUAUUUUCCACAAUUUCAGCAUAUUUUAAUCGGAUAUAAAUAAAGCCAUUCAGAAUAGCUUAAUGUAAAAUGCUCCAUUACGACUUACUCACUUGGAUCAUUGAUUUUGUUACAGUGGUGGUGAUAGGAACCAAGAGUUGGAAUGUCUACGACACAUAUAUAGCCAUUUUAUUUACUAUCUAAAACAAUCAGUGAAUCUAUAUGUCUUUGGGUUUUUAAUAUGCUGUUGUGAAUGGAUUUAAAAAUAUGUUUUAAGUCCUGUGAUGUCCAGGAACAACCAUCAGUCCCAAUGUUUUAUUACACACUUCUAUAUCAUGAGAAUAGCUCAACCACUUUGCAUUGGUCCCUGUAGUUACUGAAUAAUAGCUUUAUCAUGUAAUAAGCCUGGGAUUUUAAGGGGUAAAGUCAAAGUCUCAUCUUCAAACUAUGGUACAGUAUGUCAGACAUCAGGCAGUGUAUUCAUAACUAUAUCAUAUGAUAACUUCAUGCGAUAGAGCUUUUAGAAGCAUCAAACUCCUCAGACAUCUGGUUCCUAUCACCACCAUUAUAAAUCAUUCUAAUUCAGUAAGUUUCUCUAGAAUGGAACAUUUCACAGCAAGCCACUCUGAAUGACUCUUAAUCAUGCAGACAGUUUGAAAUAUUGGUAGAAGUAUAAAGUACAAAGACAUUGUUUUAUACAUGUAUCUGUAACAAAAUAGGGUUUACAGUAAUAUGAACAGUGAUUCCAAACUUUUGAAAAGGUACUGUAGUUUUGUACAUAAUGAAGCUCACUGCCAUUUGCUUAAGUUUAUAUCUUUUAAGACAUAUUUUCUACUUUUUACCUGAAAUCAUGUGUGCAUAUAGUGUUCAAUGCUAAAAUUUACUGCAACAAAUAAAAUUCAGCUUGCACAAAGA